AUGACCAACCCAACUAUCAACUCUAAUCUCAAGUUCCUGAACAAGGAUAAGCAAAACGACGAUACUAUGGAGCAAGCAGACAUCAAAGCCCAGCAGAUUCGGUGCUCCAGUCUCGUCACAUUACCGGUCGAGGCAAUGCCCAAAACUACCACUUCACGCCCCCCUCUCCUCGCUCUACCGGACGAGAUCAAGUUGAUGGUACUGUCCGAAUAUUUACCUUACAACAAGUUCUUUGUUCGCCCGGAUUUCGAGGGACACCAGCUUCAUACCUUCGAUUUCGCGAAACAAGUCUUGCCACUCUUGAUGGCCAUUCCAAAACUGAAGUAUCUGGUUUACGACGUGUUGUUGAAACAGAAUAAGAUCCUGAUAACGACCUCUCCUCGUGGUGGCAUACCAUACCCUCCGGGGUGGAUAAACGCGCUAAUUCCGCGACUAUGCCUAGCGAUGGGGAGGCUUGGGUUCAAGAAGCUCGUCGAUAUCGAUAUCAGACUUACGGCCGCAAGGAUGAAAGUCAUCUUGACGGAGCCUACACUCCUAACACGUCGGUCCAGCGAGCCUCUAGUACCGCAUGUCGCAGUGGUCUUAAAGAAUAUGGAGUCUAUCGUAUUCCCUUUCAAGACCAUCUCAGUAUCUUGCGCAUAUGCUGAUAACACUACUGAGCAAGAUCGGCCUAAACGAGGGAAGAACAACCGAGGAUAUUUCGGAGAGGUAUAG